AUGCCUGUUUAUCCCAUAUGCAUCCACCUCACUUCUCUUGUGAGUGAUUGUUCAGAAUUUGUUCAGGAGGAAAAUUCUUCCAGUAGUGGAACUGACUCCCUAAGCAGCGGAGAGAUUCCACGAAGUCGGUCAGAGGGGACUUUGAUUGAUGUGGAUGACCGGGCACCCUCAGACAGCUACAAUGCCAAUGAAAGUAAACUCGAUUUGGAUAUUGACUGGCCUGGUGUAUUCAAACAUGCACAAUCUGUUUCCAAGACUAAUCCUUUCUGGAACGAACUGUCAGGAUCCAACCCGUUUGUACAUGACAUAGCUGCUUCCAAUAGAAAUGAAAAUAAUAAGCGUCUUUCUAUCUUAAAGGAAAAACCUUAUUUGUUCUCUAAAAUUUCAAGCAAUAGGGACUCUUUGGAUUCCUCAGGUGACGAGCUAGAUAUUGACUGUCUCCUAAGAAAGACCUCAACAAGAAGAUCUGGACGAUCCAAGAGUGUCUCUGACUUCCUGGAUAUAGUUGAUAACCAAAGAUUUAAUCCUCACAACACAGUACCUCAAAAAACUACAGUUUCUGAUAUGACAUGGCUUCAGAAUGACCGUGAAGCCUACAAGAUGGCUUGGCUGAGCCACCGACAGCUCACCCGGUCCUGCCUGGAUUUGGAAGCCAUGAGCCACAGCCCUGGGUGGGCACAAACACAAGCUACAGACAUUCAUGUAGUUUGUAAACUGAAUCACGAAGGGGGCUCGGUACAGCUACCUGACUCAGAUAUCAACAUUCAUGUCCCUGUGGGUCAUGUAUUACCAGGAGAAUUCCAAGAAGUAGGUUUAAAGGCUAUCCUUAACCCUCCAUUGUCAUGCAACAAUGAGCUGUCCAGCACAGUAAGUCCUCUGAUAGAAAUUACACUCAGCAACCUCAACACAAGUGAAGCCAUUUUCCUAGAAGUGAAAGUUGCAGCUAAAGUGAAGAGCGAUCCAUUCAGCCAAGUUAUGAGUGAUAUUGUGUGUUUUUUUAGUCACAACAAAGAAGGACCUUUUAAGAAGCUAGAGAAUUGCUAUAUUUAUCAAGAUACAAUACAAGUAAAGCUAACGGACCUGAGUCAUGUGAUGUAUGCAGUGAUUGCCAUACAAGCAAGCAGAAUCCAGCCUCCAGCAACUAACGUGUGGGACUAUGUCCAUAGAACAGUCUCAGUUGGAAUUUAUGGUCCCAAAUACAUUCAUCCAUCUUUUACAGCAGUUUUUACAGUCUUUGGUCACAACUACAUUCCAGGAAAACUCACGAUUUGUGAUAUAAAAAAGGGGGGGAAAAGUAUGCCUCCUGUGGUGUUUCAGCUGUGGGGAAAGCAUACAUUUCUGCUUGAAAAACCACAAGACCUAAACAUUUCUUUGAUAUCCUGUGAUCCAGACUUUCAAGUAAAAAUGGAAGAUCAAAGCAAAAAUAUUAAAAAGGAGGAAUUGAAAACUGGUGAAAUGGUCCGCCAACAAUUCCUGUUUUCCAUGCUUGGAUGCAGGGAGAUGCAUUUCUUUGUUUUCCUUGUUCAGAUUAAAAUCUUGAAAAGUAGCCAAGUAACACAGUUCCAUGUUACAACUCCUGAUCCAGCUCCAAAAUUAAGUGGAAUUAUUAAUAGGCCAAAGCGCCUACAAAACCGCAAGGCAAUCAAGUCUGCACCAUGGCUUUUGAUACCAACAAUAAAAUAUCCAAAGUUUCAAGACAAAACUUUGAGUGUCAACACUUAUGGAGUGGCCUUGAAAACUGUGUUACGUCAGAAUAAGAUUGACUAUUUGCUGGAAUAUUUUAAAGGAGACACAAUAGCCCUGCUUGGUGAAGACAAAGUUAAAGCCAUUGGACAAACUAAAACGAAAGAGUGGUACGUGGGAGUUCUCAGAAGAAAGAUUGGUCUUGUACAUUGCAAAAACAUUAAAGUGAUUCCUAAAGAACAAGCUAUGGACACUGCUGAUAGUGAGUUAACAACCAGGAAUCUUGUUGAACAAAUUGCAUUGCCAUUCAAAAAACUAACUUAUAUCUACUCGAUAGUUCUGUCUACAGUAUCAGAGAGUGUUUAUGACUGGAGAGCUUUAGCUGAGGUGUUGGGAUACUCACAUAUGUCUUUGGAUGACUUUAAUGAGGCACAUAUUGAUAAAGAAUCAGAAAGAGUUGCACAUGUUGUGAAAAAGAUGAAGCAAGACUGCCAUGCUAACAAAAAAAAAAGACUAUUUCUUUAUGAACUCAUUGUUGCACUUUUGAAGAUAGAUUGCCAGGGAUUAGUGGCACGUCUUACCCAGGACACCAUCAUCUUGACUUCAGCUGUCAAGCUUGGCAGGAGCUGGCGGGAGCUUGCGGAGAAGCUAGCCCGCCUCACAAAGCAGCAAAUAGAGGCUUACGAAGUGCCCCACCACGGGAAAAAUGGAGCAGUAGCCAUGGAGAUGAUGUGGAAACCUGCAUAUGACUUUCUCUACACUUGGGCUGCCCAUUAUGGAGAUGGUUACAGGGACGUCUUACAAGACCUGCAAUCAGCCUUGGAUAAAAUGAAAAACCCAGUGACAAAAGAGUGGCGAGAGUUAACUGGAGCUCUGAUUCUUGUGAAUUGCAUGGAGGUUUUAAGAGCAAGUGCCUUUUCCAAAAUGGAGGAAGAGUAA